UGAAGUCAGAUGAAGAUGUUGUUUAUCAUGAACGUCUCAGUGCUGUUACUGCUCAUCUGUCCAUCCGUCAUCUCUGAAGUUAUAGACUUUAGUUAUUGUAGUCGUUUUUUUUAUCAAGAACAGCCUCCAGUGAUUCCUGGCAUUCUGGAGAAUUCACGCUCCAUGGGUAAUCCAUACAAAACGAUCUGUCAAAAAUAUGAGAAUGAGUACAGAUUUGCGACGUUCUACAACACAACCAACAGGAUUCCAGUUUUCUCAGCUUACAGAUUCAUUGGGAAAAAGAUCAUCAAGAGACCAGGAAACAUCUGGAGGAUUGAGCCUGAGCUUGAACCCUCACCCAAUGAUGAGAUGAGAGUCCUGUAUGAAAAUCAAGCUAUAGAUGAAGACUUCUUCAAUAAUACUUAUAACAUGAGUCGUGGUCACUUGUAUCCCAGCUGUCAUUCAUGUGAUAAUAUCACAGCUAAUUCUACAUUCACAAUGACCAAUGCUGUGCCACAGAAGAUCAACUUUAAUAACGGCAGCUGGAAUCGCUUGGAAAAAACAGCUAUAGAUGUGAUGGAUGAAUACUGUCGUGAUAAGCAGCACAAUGGACAGGUUUUGGCCCAUGUGUUAACAGGAGCUGUGCCGGGUAACACUACACUAAACAACAGAGUGAAUAUACCAUCACACAUGUGGAUGACUUUCUGCUGCUAUAACAUCAGCUCAAGUUCUUGGUCCUCAAAAGCUUACUGGGGUGCAAAUAUAGAGGAAAAUAUAAAUGACAAUGUCACAAUCAGUGAAAGAAGUCUGGAGGAAUUACAAGAAUUUCUCAGUAAUGUAUGGGUAAAAAUCACAAAGUUAUUUCACAACAACUGUGAAUAAUGAAAUAGUUACAUAGCUAAAAGUAAAAAUUUAGAAGCAAAAAUAUAACGCUUGAAAUAAAUAUUUGCAGGAUAAGAGAUUUUUUUGUCAAAAUGUGACCCUAUCUGUAAAAUCCAGGCUAAAGUCUUAUAAUUGAAUGAUGAGAUUUGGAGCAUCAAAAUUUUAUUUCAAUCUUGACAUAAUUUUACUUAAUUAAUAUUCAAAUAUCAAGAUUACAUUUUCACAGAAUGAUCUUUACAUUAUGUUGGAUGAUUUCAUAUUGAAAACAAUGAACAAAGGGUUUUCAUAGGCAGGAUCAAAAUUAUGGAAGCAUAUGGGUAGCAUAAUUCAAUUUAGAAUGUAAUAUGCAAUAUGACAAUGCAAUAUGUAAAAUGGCAAUGCAUUUCUGUAUUUAAGUUUACAUUUUCCAUGCUUGUAUGUGCAAUGCUUGGUGCAAAAUAAAAAUGAAAAUGUAAUACUUUAAUUUACAUUUUCCAUUUUCUACAGCCCUGUUUUAAAUACAUAUUUUAAUGCUUUAGAAGUUGCAAAAUUAAAAUGGAAAUGUAUUACCCGAACUGAUAUAAUGUGUUUCACAUGGUCAAGCAAAAACUGUAGCAAAAUUAUAAUUUAAAUGUAAUUCUCCCUAAAUGCAUUUACAUUUACAGGUGGGAAACUUGGGAUUGCAUUUUCAUUUACAUAGAGCGCAACGGAUGUAGCAAAAUUAAAUUGGAAAUGUAUUAGCUGGAUUGAUUAGAUGUGCUUUACAUGGUCAAGCAAAAAC